GAAUCUAAAACCGUGGCAUUUCGAAUUUGAUACUGUUUUUGCACUACACGGUACACACUCAUUAUCUUUCAGCCAAAGUCGUCUGUUAGCGAGCCCGAUUGUACCGUGUCUGAAAAAUUAACCCCAAAGUAUAUAUUUAGGUCCAGCAUUUUCUCGAACACCUGUCACAAUAUACAGUGAUUGAACUUGUGUUGAGGAGAAGAUGCAGGCUACGGUUGCAUCCAGGUGUUUGAAGAUUCUGAAUAAUUCCAUUCCGCCUCGCUGUUUUAAUCGUUAUCCUAUAACAUGUUCUCCUAAAUUAUUAAACCCAUGUCAAAUUGGCUUUGAAUUCAAGCAAAAUUCAAUCUUUACUGCACGCACCUCGCGUAGCUCCGGCAGAAAGAAGCCGUCUUUACUCCCUCAUAUCAAUGCUUUUCUGUCGGAUUUUCCCUCCAAAACACCCCAGAACCCAAGAUCGGUAUCGGAUGGCUAUGCGGUGUUCUCCACAGAAGCAAAGCCAGCACCGAAGCAAGCGCCUACGACGUCGUUGAAGAAAACUGAAGCUUCAGGAGGCCAACUCCCAGAUACUAAAAUCUUCGCAACUCUCGCAAAAUAUAUAUGGAUGAAGGAUAAUCUCGAGCUUCGGCUCCGUGUCAUUGCUGCAUUGGGCCUCUUAGUUGGUGCAAAAGUGUUGAAUGUUCAGGUGCCAUUCUUGUUUAAGCUUGCUGUUGAUUGGUUGACGACUGCAACGGGAAAUGCCAGUGCUCUAGCCGAGUUUACUGCUGCUAAUUCAACUGUUUUAGCACUUUUUGUUAGCCCUGCUGCGAUUUUGAUUGGGUAUGGGAUAGCACGUGCAGGGUCUUCUGCUUUCAAUGAAUUGCGAACUGCGGUGUUCUCUAAGGUGGCAUUGAGAACAAUUAGGCAGGUUUCCCGAAAGGUUUUUUCACAUCUCCACGAGCUCGACCUACGGUUUCACCUUAGUCGUGAAACAGGUGCUCUAAAUCGAAUAAUUGAUCGUGGUAGCCGUGCUAUUAAUUUUAUACUUUCAUCCAUGGUCUUCAAUGUUGUACCAACUAUAUUAGAGAUAUCAAUGGUGUCCGGUAUUCUUGCAUAUAAGUUUGGAGCACCAUUUGCAUGGAUUACAUCACUGUCUGUGGCUGCAUAUAUAAUUUUCACAUUGACCGUGACACAGUGGAGAACAAAGUUUAGGAAGGAGAUGAACAAAGCUGAUAAUGAUGCUAACACAAGGGCAAUCGAUUCUCUAAUUAACUAUGAGACUGUGAAAUAUUUCAACAAUGAGGCUUUUGAAGCUGAUAAAUACGAUGAAUUUCUGAGAAUUUAUGAGGAUGCUGCCUUACAAGCUCAACGAAGCCUUGCCUAUUUAAACUUUGGCCAAAAUGUGAUAUUUAGCACAGCACUCUCUGCAGCUAUGGUCUUGUGUUCCCAGGGGAUCAUGAAUGGCAAUAUGACUGUUGGUGACUUGGUCAUGGUAAAUGGGCUACUUUUUCAGCUAUCUCUUCCACUCAACUUCCUGGGAAGUGUUUAUAGGGAAACAAUUCAAAGUUUGGUUGACAUGAAGUCCUUGUUUCAGUUACUAGAGGAGAAGGCUGAUAUUAGGGAUGCAGACGGUGCCAAGCCUUUGAAGUUAGAUGGCGGUGGCAUUCAGUUUGACAAUGUCUACUUCAGUUAUUUAUCGGAAAGGAAGAUUCUUGAUGGGAUAUCAUUUGUUGUUCCAGCUGGGAAAAGUGUUGCUAUUGUUGGAACCAGUGGCAGUGGCAAGUCAACCAUUCUGAGAUUGCUCUUCAGGUUUUUUGAUGUCGAUACUGGAAAUAUAAAUAUAGAUGGUCAAGAUAUUCGGGCAGUAACACUUGAGAGCCUUAGGAAGUCUAUCGGUGUUGUUCCACAAGAUACUGUACUAUUCAAUGACACCAUAUAUCACAACAUUCAUUAUGGUCAUCUUUCAGCAACAGAGCAGGAGGUGUAUGAUGCUGCUCGAAGGGCCUCAAUUCAUGAUACUAUCAUGAAUUUCCCAGAGAAAUAUUCGACUAUGGUGGGGGAAAGAGGACUUAAGGUGGGACUUUAAUUUUCCCUCCCUAUC